GUGUGGUAAAGUGUUAAUAUCUUCUCUCCAUCGCAGUUCGGCAGUUGUUUGGAUUAUUGUGCUGUUGCAUCGAGUUGCUCAGUGAAACUGAACUUGUCAUAUUUGUCGUGUCAAGCAGCGUUUCCUCUUUCGUGUUUGUUCUUGGCUCCCCCCACCGGGCUUAUACUGUAAAAUGGUCGAUGAUUUUUUUGUGAACCGCCCCGUUCGCUCAUUUGAGGAGAGCUGCUGACUUUCUUCUUCAUGCUCGCUUCUUGAUGGACAUUUUAAAACUUGACAGGUAACGCAAAAGACUUUCGCCGCGUUUUUCUUCUCCGCACGCAAUGCUCACGACCUAAAACUGUGCUUUCGCAGCUCGCUGGUAACGGAAAUUUUUGGUACGUCAUUAAUAUGGCGCCAAAAGAGUUAUACAGUAAGAGUGAGCUUAUGUUGCUGUAGCGUGAGAUCUCCCUCACCUUCGCCUGUCCUGUGCACGCAGAAAAAAAUCCUCUGUUUGGGGGAAAAGAAAACAUUUUGAACGCAUCCCUUGACGGAUAUCAAACUGAAUCUAGACGCUUAACGCAAUUCAAAACUGUUUGACACGUUAAAUCGAUGUCUUGUCACGUCAGUCGAGCCGUCACUGCGCUUCACUUUGCAAGAUUCUGAGGAAAUGCUUACAAUUUUCCACCAGAUAGUCGUUGCCAUAAGUGCGAAAAGACGAUUUUAGAAACUCUGCGGAUACGUGCGUAGGAGAGCAUCGUAAAAAAGCCGUAUGUUAGUGUGCUAUCGUAUCGGAGCUGCUGUGGACUAAGAUUGGACGACAGUAACUUUUAUUCGGGCUGUGGAGGGGAAUCAUCCGCCGUGCUGUCACACAGUGUGCUGCUGAAGUGAGAGCUACAUGUGCUUGGCCUCAAAUGAUCCGCUGAUUUCUGUCCGUCGAUGUGCAGCGAGGAUAUCACGCCCUCUCGAGCAAACCACAAAUAAGAUGGAGAAUGAACUGAAGAGGAGGAAGUAUUCCACCAGUAGCAAUGACUCUGACACAACUGACAGUCAUGUGACAACCUGGUCACGAUCUUCAAAGAAUGCAGGGACCAGCAGCACUUGGGUUCGACAUGAACAGAGGAAACCAUCAGAGGUUUUUCGGACUGAUUUUAUAACAGCCAUGAAGUUGCCUGAUUCGGCACAACUCGGCCCAGAUGAUUUUUACUUCCUGUCGGACGCCUGGAGACAAGAAUGGGAGAAGGGUGUUCAAGUGCCAGCCAAUGUAGAGGCUAUCCCCGAACCUGUUGUCAGAAUGCUUCCAGAGGUCAAUCGAAUCCCGUUCUUUUCACCUGUCCAAACACGAGGACAAUCCGAGUUUGGGUUCGGAGAGUCCAGGGGUCUCACUGAGCCACUGAGCCUAUAUGAUCUGGAUGACCUAGAUGUGACGUGGCUUGAACUGGUCAAUUCUGAAUUCAGACAAUUAGCACUUCCAGAGCUGGAUGAGUUGACCAUGGAGCAGGUUUUGGUGGAGCUGGAGAAAAGGUGCGAGCAGAACAUGCGCAAGGCCAUCGAAACACAGGAGGGGCUGGGCAUUGAGUACGAUGAGGAUGUGGUUUGUGAUGUGUGCCGCUCACCUGAGGGCGAGGACGGCAAUGAGAUGGUUUUCUGUGAUAAAUGCAACGUUUGUGUGCAUCAGGCAUGUUAUGGGAUCUUAAAGGUGCCACAGGGUAACUGGCUGUGCAGGACGUGUGCUCUUGGAGUGCAGCCCAAAUGUUUGCUGUGUCCCAAGAGAGGAGGAGCCCUUAAACCGACUCGUAGCGGCACCAAAUGGGUCCACGUCAGCUGUGCCUUAUGGAUCCCAGAGGUGAGCAUUGGCUGCCCUGAGAAGAUGGAACCUAUCACGAAAGUAUCCCAUAUUCCAGCAAGUCGAUGGGCCUUGUCCUGUAGCCUGUGUCAUGAACACACAGGCACAUGUAUACAGUGCUCCAUGCCAUCUUGCAUCAUUGCCUUCCAUGUGACCUGUGCAUUUGACCAUGGACUAGAUAUGCGUACCACUUUAGCUGAAAACGAUGAGGUGCGCUUCAAAUCUUUCUGUCUGGAGCACAGUAGCGGCUCGCACUCAAACAAAAGCAGUUGGAAUUCCGAUAGACACGCAGGGGCAGAAUCGUCAGCAACUUAUUCCGAUCGAGCAAAGCAGGAACAAGCGGAACAAGAGAAAGCCAGUCACCGUAAGCAGAAGUUGCAGGAGCUUGAGGAUGAGUUUUACAGAUUAGUGGACCCCAAGGAUGUCGCGGAGAGCCUUUGCUUGCCUGAUUCUCAUGUGGACUUCCUCUACCAGUACUGGAAACUGAGAAGAAAAGGCAACUUUAACCAGCCACUGGUUGCGCUGAAGAGAGAUGAGGUGGACAAUCUGGCCCAGCAGGAACAGGACGUUCUCUAUCGUCGUCUGAAUCUCUUCACUCAUUUACGGCAGGAUCUGGAGAGAGUCAGAAACUUGUGCUACAUGGUCACACGCAGAGAGAGGAUCAAGCAGUCUUUGUGUAACCUGCAGGAGAAGAUAUUUAACCUGCAGAUUCAGCUCUUAGAACAGGAUCUGACCGGAGAAAAAGACAUUCAUCGCCGCAAUGGAGCCAAGGAACGAGUUAAAGAGAGAAGAAAGAGCAGUCCAGAGAAUAAAGAGAAAUGGAGAUUGGAGAGCAACUCCCUAUUUAAACAGUUGGGCUUUGCCACAUCAUUUCCACUGGAUAGCUCGCUGUUUGACAGCUGGCUGGCUCAGUCGGUUCACAUCACCACUGAUAACAUGCUGAGCCAGUGGUCUCUUUCCAGAGAGACCCACGACCCCUCUGCAAGCCUCCUAUCGGACCAACUGCUACAGGACGAGGAAAGUUUGCUAAGUCUCAUGAUGGACCACUCCAUGAAAUCCACCUGGAAAACACCCCAACUGGGCCGAAAGGCGAGGGGCGCGCCACGCAGCCGCCGAAAGUAUGUUUCACUUCCACAGAUCGGAUCCACAGUGAAAGGAAAGGUGUCUUCGGAGGACCGUCGCACUGUGGAAGGUAAACAAGGAGAAAGAGCACAUCACUUUCGCCGCCGUCACACCCGCAGCUGCGGCUCUGGUGGUCCGGACCCCCCACAACCACCCAUUUCCAAAAUGGAUUCCUGCCACAUUUCCGAGGAGUGCGGCUCUCGGCACAACUGUGCGAAUGCUGGAGAUAGUUCACGUCUGCGUCUCACAAGACAGGGUAAGUCGCGCUCUAAAAGUGAGAGGACAGAGCCGCAGAACAGCUCCUCUGCAAACAACGACGUAUCUGCACUCGACCCAGAGACAGACGGCUAUUUCUCAGAUGCAGAACAGAGCGACUCAGAAAUGCGCUCCUCCGGCCGAAAGUUGCGCUUGGCCCAGCUGCGUGCUGGGAAUGAAGAAGUGGUUCGGCGAAGUGUACUCGCCUCUUAAAACCACAUGGCAGUUGUCUUUGGAUGCCCUUGUUUCAUUCUGAUCCUUUCACAGUAUCUAUAACACACAUUUCAUCAAUAGGACAGCUGAUUUGAUCAGUUUCUAGACCUUCAACUGUAAUAGCUUGCAAAACGAAAUGUUUUUUUAUAUAUAUGAAAUCGUAACCAUUUGUGCUUAACAAAACAAGAGAAACAAUGCUUAGACUGUGAGACACAUUGUGUUGGGAAGCAAUAGGAUCUGUCCUAAAAUAAGGACAACAAAUGUGGGCAUUAUAACGUGUCUGUUCAGGUUAAGCUUGUUUUAAAUGAAUGCAUACUGUACUGUAUGUAGUAUGAGUCCAUAGGAUGAGGCUGAUACAGCCUAUAAUGUUCAGAGGAAAAAGCACAAAUAGUCAUUGGGUUAUGCAGUAGCACACCUGUACUUGUCUCUUUAAAUGACUAGACUAAACAUACCAGCAUCAUUCAUACAGGUUAGCUUCCAUGUGUGGAUCUUAUAAAGCCUGUUUAAAACUAGUCUGGCUCAUGUUUCACCCCAGGUUAAGUUAAUAUUUUAAAUAAAUUUUUUUUUCCAUAACAGUUGAGAAUAUUUUCAUCUCAGCUUUAUGGUAACUGCUGCUCAUACUGGAGAAGAUAAUGAGAAUGAUAGAUGUUAUUUAAAGAAUAAAAGUCUAAAUGUGCAGAUGCAUUACAGCAAUGUGAAAAUAUGGGAUGAACAUCAUCUUUCAUCCUGAAACAUUCUUUUUUUUAAUAUUGAUCUGGAUAUGCAUUUGUGAGUCACCCUUAUAUGUCACAUUGUCUCUUCCACUUGUUUUGUUUUGGUUCAUUGGUGAAGAAUCAUCAGUGUUCUUCAUGACCGCGUGCCUUCUGUAGCUCCCCACAGCUUAUUUAAUCACUUAUACAGAACGAUGGCAAUCACAAAUAUGAGAAUAUGACAGUGCCUGAAAUUUGCCCUCAAUUGACCAGAAAACACAGAAUCUUACCCUGCUUCAUAGAAAAAUUGUGCCCAUAAACCAGCACUGAUGGGUCCAUUAAUUGUUUCUUGGCCAAAAUUGAAUUGACACUUCCUCAGGCCUUGAUACUUAAUUUCUGGCUCUUUUGGUGAGGUGUAACCAAUCAACCCAUGAAGUUUGUCUCAGGGUUCUAGAGAAGAUUGUGAUUGCAAUCAUUUAAGAGAAAACCUAAAAGUUAAACGUGAACAUUCGCUAGGCAACGUUUAAUGUUUUAAGAGGUUUUCUCAAAACAUCAUGAUGAAAUUGAUUAUGUUUUUGGUUUUGUUUUUGUGAUGAUGAUGAUGAUGCCAAAGAAUAGUAACUGAGCAGAUGCUCUGAAGUGGAUGUAAACACAGUAUCUGGAUCUUCUGAGGUUCACGGUUUGCACUGAUAUCUACUUUGUACACUCCUGGACUGCAUCAUCGAUUCGCUUUCUUUCAUCACAUGUAAGAGGUCCAAAGAUGGGCCACAGGAAGUCUUUAUCUGUAAAUGACAACUGACAAUACGAUGUGUGUAAAUGAGAGUGUGCGUUUUCUCUCUGUGGAGACCUGAGGUUUGGAUGUGUUGCGUCAGCCAGUAAACACCAAGGAAUUGUUCGCCCAAAACUUUCAGUGGAACACAAAGAAAUGUCUGCAUCGCUCUCCAUCUGGUUCAUAGUGCCACCAUGUUAAAGUUGUCUGAAGUCACUCGAGAGCGUAUAUUUUAUGACGUGGUAGUUUUUUAAUAAUGUUUGCACAUUCAAACUUGUCUUGCAACUGUUUACUGUAGGGUGCACAAAGAGUACUGUACUUGUGCCUGAACAAAAGUUGAUGAAUGAAUUAGUUUUUAUUAAUAAACUUAUAAUUGAGUUCAGGUGCCAGUACAGUACAUUGUGACUUCUACAUAGUAAAGUGCUUUAAAUUAAUUAACAGCAUACAUUACUGUGUUCCUCAUUGUUAUUAUGUGAGCCAGUUUGUGAAAACCCAGCUAAAGUCAUUUUUAUGUUUGUGAUUUAGCCUAUUGAUUUCUAAAUGAACUCAUUCUACAUAAUCUAAAGGAAUCUUUAAUAUUGACUGAGUAAGGUGAUUGAAAUCUAAUUUUAAUGUUUCAAAUCUCAUCAUUAGAUUCUGAGACUUUAGUCUGGAUUUCACACACAGGGUCACAUAUAGAACAAGUGUAGAAUUGAAAUGAUGGAAGUUUGAUUUUGGUGUGACCCGUUCCACUCGAAACAGGCUUCAUUCAACUCUUCGUUCACACAGAACCUGUACAGAUCUCAUGUAUCUUAGCCGCUUUAAUAGACUCAUCAUAGCCUUUAGUGAAUUGCUGAACCAAACACAGAUAUGAAAUACUGUGCCUUUAGUGAAACCCACUGCAGGGCUUUAAGCCUCUUUAUCAUGCUUAGUUGCUGUUUGUGUACCCAAGCUAAUGUAUACUCUGCUCAAUCACUGUAAAUCUUCAGCUUCUGUGAUAUCAUUUACAUCCACCCACAAAUCCAGACUUUACUCUUCAGUAGCCAAAUAAUGCGAAACAGUAAGAGAAUAACAGGUGAAAGCAGAUUUGUAUUUGUUUGCAAACAUUUGUUAAGCCACCAAAUGCAAAAUGUAAGUGAGCUUUACUUGUUAGUCUUCUGUCUUCACUAUUGACUUUACCUGGAGAGCAAAAUAUCGGGAAAUUUCUUUGGUUUUAAGCAUUUUCUUAAGGUCGAAAGGACAAUUGAGGAGCACGGAUGCAAAAGCCGCUAAACGCCACCUCCAUCAAAAAUGAGAUAAUGAUAUUUACUGUAUGCUCUCAGCGCGUUUUAUUAUUCAUCAAACACUUUUCCUUCAAAUACACUUAAUCCCAGCCUUAGGCUAUUUAAAAAGAGCGUUUUUCUUUUUUUGCAGAAUCUUAUAAAAGGUCUGAAUUAAAAAUUGCUCAUUUACAAGAAUUAUGCACUUAGAGGGUUUCUGAGCUCUUCAAUUCUUUCAAUCACAUAGAGAAAAGUACAAGGGAAUCUUUAUAUUUUGACUGAAUGAGAUCAGUAAUGGAUAGUUCAAUUCUUUAGGGAUUGAUUAUUCCAUGUGAUAAAUGUCCAGGUCAUAUUUCACCCCAACUAAAAUAGACAAAGAAUCAUAAGGUUCAAAUGAACCGUUUUCAAGACCAUUGUGAUUUUUUUCAUUCUGACAUUAUUUUAAUGACAACAAAGCCCGAUGUAUAAUUUCAUUUUGAUGUGUAUGCGUACAGUACACGAAAGACCGAUUUCACCAUCGACAUACUGAUUUUUCUCUGAAUUUAUAUGCACUAAUUCCACAAAAUGGCAACACUGCUGUUAUUUCAAAGAUUCUGGAAUUAAACAAGAAAGGAGAUGGGUUGUGCUGGCUAUAUUUGGGCUUAAACAUAUUCAAUUUUUUAAUGAAUUCAUCUUUAAAAUGUUGCUUUGUUUUCUUUAAGUAAACAAAGUUUGUUCUUUCCCUUUGUGUUGGGGUGAAAUACGACAGACAUCUACGAUCAGUAUUGCCAAUAACCUCUUAACAAACCUGCAUGGACUUCUGUAUUUACUGCUGGUAAAGACGCUCCAUUUAUAUGUUGGUCCAUCGCUUUGGUCCUAAAUUCUUUCAUUGUCAUAUCAAAGAACGACCCAAAGUUGAUUCUAAAUCUACUCGUGUGUUUACUGUUCAGCAAGACUUUCCAUAUAGGUCCUGUCUUUAUUCUCUCGUUCUUAUGGAAGUAGUGGAUCAUGGUCAGGAGAAGUAAAUCACUUGCAAUCAAGAAUCAUGUGUGUCCUGUAAAUCUGUCAACAUUUUCACCUUCCCAUUGAUUCUGAUAUGAUACGAUAUAAAUGUUGCAGGAGUUUAUCCUUAUAUUCUUGGUUUCAAGGAAUGUUGUGCCAUUUGUUAAUAGCAGAGAGAACUAUUGAACAUAGAAGAGCUAUUUUAAAUUAUUUUAGGCUUUUUUGCUAUAUAUUUAUUUUUUGUAUUGGAAAUCUUUAUAGGAGGAAAAAACAUAUUUUUCAUCAGUGCAAAAACCUAUUUUCCUUUUUUUUUUACAUUUUCCAUGUUAAGCUGUCAUUCAGAGCAAUAUAAUGUUCAUGUGAGUGUAUGUGCAUGCUGUUUGUGAUGCCUUAAUAACAGCUCCUGUCCCAUCAUAGCAUCAGCGCUCAGCUGUGGUCGACCGGUGCAGUCAAUAAAGCUGUGCUUUUCAUUUA